AGGGACGCCGGAAGCGCCGUGCAGCUCUACUGUGGCGCUGGGCCGCGCGCCCUCCGACCAUGGCUGUUCAGGCGAAGCGCCGGCGGGUGGUCGGGCCUGCGGGCGGCGGCGACGACAACGACCCGGACCCGGUGGCCGGCUUCCUGAGCUGGUGCCGGCGCGUGGGGCUGGAGCUGAGUCCUAAGGUGGCGGUGAGCCGGCAGGGCACAGUGGCCGGCUACGGCAUGGUGGCCCGGGAGAGCGUGCACCCCGGGGAGCUGCUGUUCGCGGUGCCGCGCGCCGCGCUCCUCUCGCAGUACACCUGCUCGAUCAGCGGCCUGCUGGAGCGAGAGCGAGGCGCACUUGAGAGCCAGUCGGGCUGGGUGCCACUGCUGCUGGCGCUGCUGCACGAGCUGCAGGCCCCGGCCUCCCCUUGGAGCCCCUACUUCGCGCUCUGGCCCGAGCUAGGCCGCUUGGAGCACCCCAUGUUCUGGCCCGAGGAGGAGCGCCGGCGGUUGCUGCAAGGCACGGGGGUACCUGAGGCCGUGGAGAAGGAUUUGGCCAACAUCCGCAGCGAGUACCAUUCCAUCGUUCUGCCUUUCAUGGAAGCCCACCCUGACCUUUUCUGCCCCAGGGUGCGCUCCCUGGAGCUCUACCACCAGCUCGUGGCUCUCGUGAUGGCCUACAGCUUUCAGGAACCACUGGAGGAAGAGGAGGAUGAAAAGGAGCCCAACCCCCCUUUGAUGGUGCCUGCUGCAGACAUUCUAAACCACUUAGCCAAUCACAAUGCCAAUCUAGAAUACUCCUCAAGCUGUCUUCGGAUGGUGGCUACUCGGCCCAUUCCAAAAGACCAUGAAAUUUUCAACACUUACGGGAAGAUGGCUAAUUGGCAGCUGAUUCAUAUGUACGGUUUUGUUGAACCAUACCCUGCCAACACAGAUGACACAGCCGACAUUCAGAUGGUGACAGUUCUUGAAGCGGCGCUACAGGGAACGAAAAGUGAAGCUGAAAGGCUCAUGUUGUACGAACGCUGGGAUUACUUGUGCCAACUAGAGAUGGUAGGGGAAGAGGGAGCCUUUGUGAUUGGCUGGGAAGAGGUGCUGACUGCAGAGGAACUGACCACCACACUCAAGGUGCUGUGCAUGCCUGCCAAGGAGUUCAGAGUGUUGAAAGACCAGGAUGGAUGGGGAGAAGAUGGAAGGGGAGAGGACAGCUUGACAGUCACGAAUAUCCCCAAGCUCAAAGAAUCAUGGAGGCAGCUUCUACGGGACAGUGUUCUGUUGACCCUGCAGACCUAUGCCACAGACUUAAAAACUGAGCAACAUCUACUUAGUAAUGAGGCGGCGUACACCAAACUCAGCCGGAGGGAACAACAGGCCUUACAGGUUCGUUAUGGUCAGAAGAUGAUCUUACACCAGUUGUUGGAACUGACAGGCUAAGCUGAGUAGGUUCCCUGUUGCCUGGAACACCCAUGAAACAGCCAUGAGAAGAACUUCAUUGUAAGCUGAUGUUCAUUUAUGCUCGAAAAGGAGGAACUUUUGGAUUUUUAGGUUUGCUUUUCUUAUUAAAUACCAAAAGGAAAAGCAACAAAGGUGUGCUAACAUGAACUGUGAGGUAAGGGAACAGGAGACUUGGAAAUUGCUGCUAAUUGUCACCAAGAACAAUACAUAUUUUUUUGGUUUUUACUAUUGUUAUCAUUUAAAACUUUUUUUUUUUGAUCAAAACACUUCAUAGCUGUUCUUUUCUCAGUUUGAACCAAAAUUAGCAGAAACAUGACUCACAGUAAAA